UGGCACCCUGAGUGGGACUACGACGACACCAGCUCCAGAUAAUAUUCCCAAGUUUGUUCUCACGGAUGGCGGUAUAACCUGCAUCAUUUUACAGGCAAAAUUGGAGCUUCUAGUGCCUUACUUUGACGGUAAAUCCAACCAGACAAAGCCGUUUGCUGUUUAUUCAAACGCAAGUGUAACGGGAAAAUGUGGUACUGAUAAUGAGAUAAUUAUUCUCCAGUGGAUACCUUAUUUGUCGGAAGGAAAGUUCAACCUGACAAUGGAUUUCUCCAAAGUGCCCAGGUCUCCCUCCAAAUCAGAGGGCAUUAUCAUUAGAAAUAUAACCUUCCAAUACAAUCUGUCCAGUAAAGUGUUUCCAAAUACCAAUGAAACAGGUGUUUUCACUGUAUCUUCCAAUGGGUCAUUUUUUGAAACACCUGCAUCUACCGGAUAUACAUGUACUGGGCAGCAGAAUAUUACACUUUUUGGAAAGAGAGACGUCGUGUUCGGUGUUUCAUUUCUUCAUAUGGAAGCCUUUCGCAACUCCUCUUCCACCGAUUUCAGCAAUAAAACUGUUGACUGCAUAGUUACUCCGGGAAACAACAGUAUCGUCCCAAUCCUCGUCGGCGUCACUGCCGCCAUUCUCAUUGCGUUGGCCAUCACUGCCUUUGUCAUCGGCAACCGCCGCCGUGCCCAGGGUUAUCAGAGCAUCUAA